CAUCUGUCACAUCUUUUGUUGGUACAUAUUCAAACAAGGAGCUCAGCCAAACGUUACGGAAAUACGCAGCGGUUUCCCUCACCAUGACAUCCCGCGUCGGUCUCAGAGCUGCUGGUACUAAUGGAAGUGACUUCAAACUAAGAGAGAGGGUGGCCCCGCAAUACCAAAUGUGUUCUGCCCUGAAGUCUGAGGUGCGUAAGUUAAACCUGGUCCACCUUCUCCUCUGGCUGCUGGUGGCAGCACAGGUGACUGUCAGCCACUUCGACCUGGUGUCACAUGACACAGUGUCCAUGCCGUACCAGUGGGAGUACCCCUACCUGCUCAGCCUCCUCCCUCUGCUCUGCAGCAGCCUGUCACUGCCAAAGAACAAUAUCAGUUACCUGGUCUUGUCCAUGAUCAGCGCAGGGCUGUUCUCUAUAGCGCCUCUCAUUUAUGGUGGAAUGGAGAUGUUUCCUGUAGCCCAGCAGCUCUACCGCCAUGGAAAGGCCUACCGCUUUAUUUUCGGCUUCUCCGCAGUGACUGUUAUGUACCUCAUCAUGGUGGUUGCUGUUCAAGUGCAUGCCUGGCAGUUAUAUUACAUGAAAAAACUGUUAGACUCAUGGUUCGAGACCACUCAGGAAAAGAAGAAGAAAUAAUGGAGUGAAGAAAGCUGUGACUGGGCAAAACUGUGUUUUUAUCUUAAUUUAUUCAUAAGAUCUUAUUUAUGUCUAUUUAUUCAGUCACCAUUAUCAUGUAACAUUAUACCUUAGACACCAGUGUUUUCUGACACAAAUAUACAAUAGAGUGAGAUGUACAAUGUAUGCAGGAACCUGGAUUUUCUGUCAUUAUUAUUUAUUUAAAGUGGAUGAAAAGUGUUGAGCACACACAUGGCUUCAAAGCAACAUCCAUGCAUACAAAUGGUAUUCAAUCAUCUUUAUUCCCUCUUCAUCAUUGAGCCUGGACUGAAUCUUUUCUACAAACAGAGAAAUAAGUCAUUGAGGACAAAUACUGUCUCCUUCAUUUAAGCCUACCUCUCACAAUAUGUUUUUAUCAGAAUGCAUGUAAGCCAUUAAAAAGAAA